GCACGGAUAUUAUUCCCGUCGACGUGCUUGCGGAGCAUGACGCGAUGUACUAUUAAAUCUCCUCGUUUAGUGCGCUUUGGGGCCGCAUGAGCCUGAGAACCGUAGCUUCGCGCAAGCCCCUGCCUGAUGGAGGAGCAAUAAGACGGGCCAUAACGCUCGUGAACAUAGGCAAGCGCGCAGAAAUUCCCUCUCUUUUCUGUAGGGGGUAGACCAUACUACGACGGAUGUGGACCUGGAUGAGGAAUGCAGUGACGGAAGGAGAAGGGCGUUGAGGAACCUCCUUUAGAGCAAUGUUAGUGACGUCAUCAUCAUAUAUAGUACGCGUUACAGAAUUUGCAGAACUACAAUUCGGCUCACCAGACUUUUCCUCGCAAUCUUCUUUGCGCGACCUUCUUUUGCGUCUACGUACAAACCAAGCCACUUGGUCUGGGUUUCCCGUGUGUUUCUACACGGAGAGCUCAGGCAAAACAUUAUAUUUGAACUCAGGAUGGCAAAGUGUCCCAGCGCACGAAGAGUGGAUCGCAGGCGACGAGAAUCAGACCCUUUUGAAAUUAUUUGAGCCCCAUGUUCAAAUCACAGAUUUCGUGCAUCUGGACGUAGAGUUCGGAGAUGUCCUAAGUGCCGGGGAGGAGAGGCUGAAGUUCAGGAAAGUUGAAGGCGGGAAACAAUGGGAAAUUGUGCGAAAGGACGUCGAAGGGAAGAAGGCGGAUGGAGAACGAUAUUGCUUCUCUAAGGUUGGGUCAGACGAGUUAAGCGAAGGGGAGAUUAUUCAAAAGGUCUCGUUGUAAAUAUAGAAGCAACAUUCGAGAGUCUGAUAACUAGAGAAGAAAUAUACUACAGAAAGAAAUACGAAAAACAGCUCUACAACCAUUUAACCGAUUACUGUACCAAAAGUCUUCAGUGAGAACCAAUGCUCUAGUCAUGAUGUUCAGGUUAAUGCAGCACCCAUAAUCAUCGCAACGCCCGCCCACAACCCAGACGCACGAAGACCUAGCGCUGCACUAGAUGCCCCUGCCCCUGCUGCACUGCUCGACGAACUAGUGCCACCGCUAGCACUAGCACUAGCUCCAGCUCCAGUCGCAGUAGCAGUAACACUCGCGGCCGGCGAACCAAACAACGAUGCUCCACUAGGGAUGGGUCCCGGGGCUGCAGAGGCGGAUGCAUCCAGUCCUACCAACGCACCGACCUCUUGCUAU